UCCCAGCCCGCGCGCCGCGUUCCCCCGUCCCCAGCCGCCCGGCCGCCAGCCGUGCACCCCGCCGCGCGGUGCAAGAAGAUGGCGGGAUCGGUGGCCGACAGUGAUGCCGUAGUGAAACUUGAUGAUGGGCAUUUAAACAACUCCUUGGUCUCGCCAGUUCAAGCCGAGGUGUACUUCCCACGACUGAUAGUUCCAUUUUGUGGGCACAUUAAAGGUGGCAUGAGACCAGGCAAGAAGGUGUUAGUGAUGGGCAUCGUAGACCUCAACCCAGAGAGCUUUGCUAUCAGCUUGACCUGUGGUGACUCUGAAGAUCCUCCUGCUGAUGUGGCAAUUGAACUCAAAGCUGUGUUCACAGACAGACAGCUAAUCAGAAAUUCUUGUAUAUCUGGGGAAAGGGGCGAGGAACAGUCAGCUAUUCCUUACUUUCCAUUCAUCCCGGAUCAGCCAUUCAGGGUGGAAAUUCUUUGUGAACACCCGCGUUUCAGAGUGUUUGUGGAUGGACACCAACUUUUUGAUUUUUACCAUCGCAUUCAAACAUUAUCUGCAAUCGAUACCAUAAAGAUAAAUGGGGACCUCCAGAUCACUAAGCUUGGCUGAUGUUGAAAUCAUCAUCACCUCUAUUUCAAAUAGGAUCAGGUGCCACAAUUAUCUGACUAUCAAUCUGGGAGAGGUGUCCUAGCAAGUUAUGGAGACUUAAAAAAGAAAACAAAAACAAAGGCAAGCUUCACUGUCUUCUUUCUGUGUAGUUUUAACUCAAAAUGACAACUUCAACGGUGGUUUGCCCGUAGGAAGAAAGCUGUUGGAACAAAGACACCGAGCCAUUAUUCUCAGAGCAAAUACAACUUAUGCUGGAUAUUUUUCAGACUAAACUGAAAUGGAUGUGUGAUAAUUUGUGAUUUGAUAGCAAGUUGUUCAUCUUUCAAAGCAAGGUGAUGUUUAGAAACAAAAGUGUUAAAGACUUACCCCAAGAACAACGACGGUACACCGACAUCAGUUCAUUUCUGCACUGCAGUGGAAUUGUGUAGCACAACCAACAUUUAGUCAGGGUAUUUAUAUAGAAUGUAGGUUGUUCAAGGUUUCAUUGGUUUUGUGUUAUUAUUUUCUUUUUUUGCACAGCAUAAUGUUAGUUCAGAUUUUUAAAGCUUUCUCGUAGUUAUUUAUUUAUACUCAGUGUAUGUAUUAGAGAAUGAUCAAUGUCUCAAGAACAGCAAGUUAGGAACUUUUGAAUGUACAAAUAUACUAGGUCCUAGGGGGGAAAUUAUGUAUUGCUAUCAUAAAACAGGUGAAUUUCUACCUUCGAGAAUUGAGUCGUAUUCUCCACACUCCUGAUCUGUGGAUCUCUUGAUAUAAAUUGCUGUAAGUACUUUUGGGUAAACUUUGCAACAUUUCGAUAAAACUGCUUUUCACGUUAAUGAAGAUUAUGUAAAGUAUGUUUACAUUGCUUUUUCUCUUUACUGUGAAUUUGCACAGUAUUGGCUUCCUGAAGACUAGUUAACUAUCUUCCGCUAGAUUUUCAUGAUAGUUCAUUAAGUUGAUAUUAAAAUAAUUCAAAAUAUAAGAGGUGAUUGCCUGGACAAAUUUUUAAAUAUUACAUAAACUUAAAAGUAGUAUGAGAAUGAUAUGUAAAGGAGAAGCAAAUGACCCCAAAUAACUUACUUGGAAAUAAUUUAUAUCAACUUAAGUUGUUAGCUCAUUGUAUAAUUUUUAUUACAUGACCCUCUCCAGUAGCCCUGAGCAACGCCUUUGGGGCCCCAGGAUAGAGUAUGCUUCUUACUGGGGUGACUACUGAGAUACUGGGACAAGACAAGAUCCAGGUUAGGAAGUGAUUCAGUUUACCCAAAAGGCUAACUCCCAGGACUCCCAGUCUGAAUCUAGCUGAUAGCAUGAAUGCUUCCAGUUAAGUUGAAGACGUCUGCUGCUCUUGUGGAACUGAUCUGACAGCAGAGCAAGUCCAGGAGGAGCCUGCAGUACACUUGUCAUCACGAGGCAAGGGGUGGUGGCCAUCCUCAGUACUGGACAUCACAAACUGGCCGUAGAGGGGAGGCCCAUUGGCAUUGCUUUGGUCAGGUAGUCAGAGCGAAGGGGUUCCUGGGGUGGGGUGUAUUUAUACAUAAUUUAGGUUUUGUUUGUAUAGCAUACUGUGUCUUGUUAUGACACGUCCUUGUCCUGCUUUGCUUUUGAGUUUUUCACACAACAUGCAGAGGCACUGAAAAGGCCACGUCAUUUUCACGUGUCAAGAAUGUAGACAGUGUUUCAGUACCAAAGUCUAAGAAAAAGUAACCUAAAUUUGUGAAUUUUGUAUGGUUGAUAUUUUUAGAUUGUUCUCAACUUUGAAUUGUUUAGCACAACACUAUUGUGUUAUGUAAGAAGAUACUUUAUCAAAUGACUGGCUGAGCAUUGUGUACAAAUUCUAUGUACCAGUUUGCUUCAUCAACCAUGCUUGGCCAAGAGGGCUGUUCUGUGGCUCCAGGUAUUAUCAAGCCUGUGAUUAACUUCUCAUGGUUUGUAAAGCCACUGGAUUCUGAGGACUAUUUGUGCAGAGACUUAGGGAACACCAGGAAAUAUGUUCGUAGGGGGUUUGAUUCUAGCUAGGGUGGAAGACCCGGAUACGAGUCUCCUUUGACUGGCACUCAGUACAUUCACACUCACUGCAUAAUUUAGCAGAAACUGGAGGAGUUGAGUGUGACUAAUUGGAAUUGACACUUCUCUCUACCUAUCAGCUAACUGGUUAGCAGCCAAGCCCUAGGCGUCUGGUAAUGUAAAGAUACACCGUUAACCCUUCUUUUCUCUAUGAGGUCAGCGGGAACCUCUUGGGUAAGGCUAUUGCUAUUCAGUUAAAUUAUGUAAUGGUUGGAUUCAAGGUGUAGCUAAAUUAGCAGGGAACGAAUCUGGCUGCACUAAUCAUUAGCUGGAAACUGGAAACAAAGUUCACAUCCUCUCUUGGCAUGUGAGGUCUAAGGUGGGAUUCAGAAUGCAAAGUGCAAUUUAAAGCUUCACAGGAAAGCAUUUGGGUAUGUAAGGAAUUAUUUCUGACCAGAGCCCUAAUUUUGCAAUAUGACCAAAACCAAGAAAUAUAAAUAACAAUCAGGCUCUGGAGAAAUAAAAGGUAGGCUUAAGACAAUCUGCCCAUUUUGGCAGCAAAAUUGGAGUGAAUGUAUAACUCUGUUUAACAUUAGCAAAAGUGACUUCCACUUUCUGGGCUGUCCCAGAAUUGUCUUAAAAUUAUUAUUAUUAUUAUUAUUUUAAUUUGAAACCCUAUUUCAAACCUUGCCAACCUCAGUUCAUAACCCCCAAAGAGAUCAUUUUUAGAAUUGAUGGUGAAUUAUUGAAAUGGCAAAUUCUUUCGUUUAUAUUAAAGAAAAUAUUCCAAAAGAGGGAAGGAGCCCUGUUGCCUUGAGAGAAACAGUCUUGGCAUUUUCUGGCAUUAAUGUAGAAAUGAGAUUUCUGUGAUGACAUAUUUUCAAGGAAACACCUUCUUAUUUACUGUGUGGUGUAAAUGUUACUAAAUGUGUUCUUACAUUAUUAUGUCACUGCUGAAAGUUAUUUGCACUAUAAUAAAGGAAUUUUCUACAGGA